GCUGCACGCGACUUCAACAAUUCAAAACAAACCAGGAAAAUCUCUCCUUUGCGAUGGCCGCACGAAUCGGUGUCCAAUCGCUGCUGUCCGGGCCCCAGCUGCUGGCCACAUCGCUCGCGACUACCCGCCUUCAGGUGCGCCAUGGCCAUCGUCUUCGCGGCAAGGCCCCGGGCGUGGCCAAAACGCUGGAGCAGCGACUUGCCGAGGAACGUGCCGUCGAUCCGGAGGUGGCCCGGAAGGUCAACAUCGGAUUUCCUCACCUUAAGCCGGCCCGUUCGGCGCAGCUCAAGGAGCGGCUGGACCAUUUGAAGGCGCAGCGGUCGAAUCCGGAGCUGGAGAAGCUUGCGAGGGCGAAAACUCUAACCGUCGAUCCGGAGCUGGUCCGCCGCGACUGGCUCAAAACCAGCGGUCCCUUCCACGUGCAACGCCUGGCGGAACAUUACGGCGUCUUCGAGCACCUCUUCGGAGCGGCCUACUUUGUCCCCCGGGUCAACCUAAAGGUGGCCUUCCCCACCAGCGGUGGCGAGCUGGCCAGUCCCGUAUACUACGGCAACGUAAUCAAACCGUCGGAAGCGACCUCGGAACCGGACGUCCAAUUCGAUCCCAACUUUGACUUCAAAGGUUCCGAAUCCAAGCAGGUCGGUGGUGACUCCUGGUGGACGCUGGUCCUCACCAACCCGGACGGACACUUUACCGAAAGCGACAAAGAGUACUGCCACUGGUUCGUGGCCAACAUCCCGAACGGAGACGUGGCCAAGGGCGAGCGGAUUGUGCCGUACCUGCAGCCGAUUCCGCCGAAGGGAACCGGCUUCCAUCGGCACGUCUUUGUGCUGUACAAGCAGGAGAAGAAGCUCGACUUUGGGGAGUACGCGGUGGGUGAGCAGGACCGGACGGAUUUGGCUAAGAGGACGUUCCAGACGGUGGAGUUUUACCGGCGGUUCCAGGACGAAAUUACGCCGGCGGGACUUGCGUUCUUCCAGGCGGACUGGGACCAGAGUCUGGUUGGGUUCUACCACGAUGUGCUGAAGCGCAAACACCCGGUGUACGAGUACGACUUCCCGGCGCCGUACCUGCGCGACCAGGAGUGGUUCCCGCUGCGCCGACCCUUCAACCUGUACAUGGACAAGUACCGCGACCCGAAGCAGGUCGCCAAGGAGUAUCUGGCCCGGAAGCUGGCCCGGACGCAUCCCUUCGAGGGUCCGGAACCGGCGCUCCGAUUCCCGAACGCCCAUCCGGUUCCGCGGGAGGUGCCCUCGUGGUUGACCACGCAGAUCAAAAAGGACCGACGCGGCUGGGGCCGGGUGAAUGACGUUUGAGGAGGGCGGGUUUUGUGUUUAGAGUGUAGCGUACAAGAAGGUCAAUAAAAAGGUGAAAAGA